CCAUCUUCGUCAAGUGGGUAACCUUUGUUGAUUUGUGAAAUGUGACGCCCGCGCGCACGUCGUCGUGUCGUCGUCGUUGUCGUCGUCGUCGUCGUCAGUUACUCGUUAUCGUACGUUUUUUUAACAACGUAUAUAAACAACAACGCGAUGUGAAUUUCACCGUAAUCUCCUCGUUUCAUCGUAUUGAACACGAGUAAGAGAGACAGGCAUAAACACAUAUAUAUGUAUACAUAUAUAACGUUAUAGAGAGUGAUAAACCGAGUGAUGUUUAAGACUCCCUUCAUUAACAAUACUACUAAGAAUUUGAAAGAUAAAGUUUGCGAAAACGGUGAAAACAGUUUUUGGUGAGUUUGAUCAAAAGAGCCCCGAGACGGUUGCCUCGCGAGGGAGGGCGAAGAGGGGAGAAGUAGACAGUGAACGUAGCGGUUUGUGCAAAAAAGAUCCGAGUUCCGACUAAUACAAUUUAUACAUAUAUUUAUAUGUGUAUCUAUGUACAUGUAUGUGCGUACUAUACAUACGCUACGCAAAACUAAACUAUAGUGUAACAUUUGUUCGCGCUCGCCGUCGUCCGUCGAUGUGUCGACAUCGUUCUAUCCAUCCAACCUUUUGUGUGAAAAAAAACUUUCGUUCUAACAUCGCGGAUUAAGUUUAACCAUCAUAGUGCCAAGCAAUUGAAUUGCUAUUUUUAUUUUCACAAUACUUGUGCUUUUUUUUAUUCGUGUUGAGUGAUGCCGCCGCUUGAUACAUUGGAAUAUAAUGGAAUAACGCCGUGAGAGAUUAUUACACAUGGGAACUUACUAAGAGAGGUCGCUGCUCCGGCUCCGGGCAAUCGAAGGAGGAGAAAACUCGUCUGAGAACAAAGCUGUCAGCUGGCAAGGCGAAGCGUGAAAAAUUCAGUAUAAACUACAAAAUGUGAGAUCGCGACCGAAGUACAGUGCUUUUCGAAACCGGAAGUUGGCAAAAAGUCGGUGAAAGCGGAAUUCGAGUGGCGCGAGUGACCGGAUCGUUGGUCCAGUAGUCGAGAUUUACGCAAAUGGGCCCCGUCGUCGUCGUUGUUGUUUCAGCAGCAGCGACUACGUGAGAUGGGGGAUCCCGAGUCCGCUGACACGUGGUCCGCAUGGUUUCUGGAUGCAAUACGAAAAAUUCGUAGCCAGAAACAGCGGCCGAGUGUCGAGCGGAUAUGUCACGCGAUAAGGCAGCAUCACAAUUACCACGAGGAAGAAAUCGGGGAGCAUCUCGAGGUUGCGGUUAAGCGCGGUGACGUGCUGAAGAUCUUUAACAAGGGACAGUCCUCGUACAAAGAUCCGGGCGGCUUGCAAUCCCGUCCUUUGAAAGUGACCAAAACCUCCGAUCUGUCCAAAGUUUUUGGCAAGGCUGUACGCGAGUUGGGCGAGCGAGAUGGAUCGACCCUCAAAAGCAUCGAAAAAUACAUUAGACAAAGUCACACCGUGGAGGAAGAAGCCGACGGUGAUCUUCGCACCGCACUCAAAUUAUCGGCGAAACGUGCUUCCGACAGAGGCUUCGUUGUCCAGGAUGGCAGACUCUUCAGGCAACCCGACAGGCCACCUGCUGCUAUUGCCAAGAAAGUUAUUGAUGGUUCCCAUAACACUGUGCCCUCGGAUAACAGCAAUUCACCGGCUAAGAUGCCAGCGCCUCUGCCGAUCUGCAGGGAAUGUUUGGGCGCAACAGCAUCGAGCAACAACAACAACAGCAGCAGCAGCAGCAGCAACAACGCGGCGAAGCGUGGAAACGGUGAAAAACUGAGUCGCUGCAGCGUGUGUGGCGCAGCUUUGCACAAUUCUUGUGCACCAGCCGAGCUCAGCCUGGUGGUGGAACGCGGAAGUACGUGGCUCUGCGACGAUUGUUCACCAACUUGUGCCGGCUGCCAGUUGGAACGGGAAUCCCAGAACUACUUGGUCAAGUGUUCCGGUUGUCCAAAGUGUUAUCACCCGGGUUGUCUCGAUCCGGCGCUUGACAAAAAGAGCAAAGCGCCGUGGAGGUGUCGACACUGCCAAACGGCUCAUACACCGAGCUCCAAGGAGAGCGAGAGCAAAGGACGCGGCGGUAAAUGUCACGGCCUGCAACAGCAGGCCGCCGACUCGUCAUCGCGGGACGAUGGGACACCAACGAGCACGAGAAAGAGACUCAGCAAGAUAAGGGAGAACAGAAAGUCAGCGGUCGCAUCGAGGAAGAGCCUCGGUGGUGCUACGAAUGUAACGCCAACGUUGAGCGGUGUGGUUGGAUCAUCUGGAGCGAAGAAGGGGGGAGCGUCUGUAACAACGUUGGCACAGGUGGACAGCAGCUCGGACGGUAAUGCGGGUGUUGUCUCCCCUCGUCAACAACCGAUCCAUCAAUCCAAUCAAUCCUCGUCCCAUCACACGUACCACCACCACCACCACCACCACCAUCACCACCAGCAACUUAGCCAAAAUAGCCUCGUUCUCCCGUCUGGCCUGAUCCAAACAAAUACGAUCCAGAUCCAAACGACGAGCGGCGGUAACGCGGGCCAGGGUAGGCUGCUCGAGGAGAAGAGCGAUCGUAUAUCGAAGGAGAAGCAGAAGUUCUUUAGGUCGAGCGCAUUCAACGCUGAGCAUAAUAAGUUGAUGAUGAGACGAGGUGGGGGAGGAGGUGGAGGAGGAGCAGGCGGUACUGCAAGCAGUGGGGUCGUGAUCGGUGGUAACUCCGGUGGAAGCGCGAAUCUUUCGUACGCCGAUAAUAAGUCUAGGUCUGCGACGUCGUCGUCGUCGUCCUCGUCGUCGUCGUCGUCGUCGUCGUCAUCGUCGUCGACGAGCAGCGGGACAGCAUUGACGGGCGGAAGAUCGAUUAGCUCUAAGUCCUCGCGUAAUACGAUAUCGAACGUCGUGGUAUCGACGAGUCGAGAGAACGAUCGUAUUCAUCGGCAAAAGACACCGUUGCAGUUGCAAAAGGGAAAAAUUCGUGAAGCGAGCAACAGAAUCACUGGUGGGACGAACGCGAGAGUAUCGAAAAAUGCGUCGGGAUCGGCGAAAGGUCGCGUACCACCUGUAGCAGCCGCGAGUAGCGGUAGCAGCAGUAACGGUGAAAAUAGUAGCGACAGUAGUAGUAGCGAGGGGAGUGACGACAGCGACUCGUCCGACGGUAGCAACAGCUCCGAAGACGAAGACGACGACGAUGACGACGAGGAAGCUAACAGUUCGAGCGAAUCAAGCGACUCAUCGUCCUCGGGUGACAGUCCGGACGAAUCGAUUCGGGGGAUUCCGAGCUCUGGACGCAACGAAGCAACCAAACCCCCGGGACCAUUCGCGUGCGAAACCAACGAGGAUAGUCCUUGGGGUUUUGCCGCUGCGGCUGCUAAGCUCACUACGGAAACUCCUUUCUUUAGCAAUAUAACGAGCACCUUUGGCGUUACCUUGCCAAAGCUUGAUCUUGGUGACAAACCAACAUUUGGCCUUCACAUACAGCCUGCCGCGAAUAAUCCCGACUCAAGUGCGCAGAGCGCGACGAGCACGACAAAGAAACGUAGACGAAAGAGCAGGGAGCGAAACAACAGCGGGCCUGUCGUUUACGCUAUCAGUCCGGAGUCAAACGUCACAUCUAGCAAUAUUAGUAAUAAUAAUAAUAAUAAUAAUAAUAAUAAUAAUAAUAAUAAUAGUAAUAGCAACAACAAUAACAGAGUUCGGCCUGGUGCCGGUCAACUGAAAGGUCUGUUCGACGGUCUCAGCCAUUUUUUCUCGGCACCGACCAACAGUCGCGCUCGUACGGGGACGCAGCCUCCGAAUUACGCGCCGGAUCGUAGGAAACGACCGUCCACUUUGGAGGAAAGCGCGACGAGUACAUCAGGCAAAGAUGGCAAAAUACCAAUCAAGAGCGCGAGAAUAUCCGGCAGCAGCGAAACGAAAGAUAAAACCGAUGGGACCAAAACGUCGUUGUCCGUGUCACCAAGAGCACCCAUUGCCGCGGAAACUACGUCCGGGAGAACCAAAGACAAAAGAAAAAAUGAUGGGAAGAAAGAGAGCACGAAAGAUGCGAUAAUGAGGCUGAGUGGCGACGAGCUCGAUGAGAGGUUGUCGUUCGAGAAGCCUAUCGCCAAAAUGACACCGUCGAAUCUUGUAAAGACCGCCGUGAACAGCAAGAGGCACGAGCACGAAAGGCGACGUAGCAUGAAAAGUGGCCCAGAAAAUUUGGUCAAGUGCGCCAGAACAAAAGAACGGAGAGACUUAUCGAGCGGUGAAAGCGAAAAUGAGAGCCCUUCCAGAGGUACGAGCGGAGAUCGUCGUGCAACGUCGAAUCACAAGGUCGCCUCGACGAGCACUGACGCAGCUCCCGGUCCGCGAAAUUCUCGAAGUAUCAACACCCCCGGAAUCAGCGAGCAGCCUCGGGCGAAUCAACAGCGGCAACAACAGUCGACCAACCAUCAGCAACAACAAUCUCGUAAGAGAAAUCACGCUAAAGCUGGCAUCGAGGCCACCCGGAGCCCGCGCAACCCCGAAAAUUCGAGAAACAACCAUAAUCACGAUUCCACACCACGUACCACCAUAAUCAAUGAUCCUCAAUCUCCAAAUCCCGAGGUCGAUCACGAUCACCGAUUCAAUCAUAACGAUCCUUAUGAUAACCAUAAAAGUCAUAUUAAUCACCAUCACCAACAUCAUCGUCAUCGUCAUCGAUCGUCAUCACCAUCGCCGCGUACCGUUACGACCUCUGCGUCCGAAACAACGACCUCUGCAUCCGCAGGAACAACCACCACCACCACCACCACCACCACCACCAUCACCACAACUACCAAGUCCAGUAAUCCCGGAAAGUCCAAGUCCCAACCACGAGCCUGUACUAGCGCCACCACCACCAACACCACCACGACACCCCGCGCGACACCCUGCUCCACCAGGAAGGAUGACCUGGUGGUCUCGCAGACUCUGCCACCCGGGGUUACUCAGAAGGACGUGGAUCUCUUCAAGGAGGCACGGGAGCGAGCGAAUCGUUUGACCGUCGCGACCGACGAGGAAGCCGAAACGAGUAACAGCGCUCAUGGUGUCCCACCGAGAAAUCCAGCGGCCAUUGUCUUCGGUCGUUACGAAGUUGAGACCUGGUAUUCAAGCCCUUUUCCUCAAGAAUACGCCAGGUUACCCAAACUAUUCUUUUGCGAAUUUUGUCUCAAAUACACCAAGAGUCGGGCUGUACUCGACAGACACAUGAACAAAUGUACGUGGAGACACCCACCGGCAACGGAAAUUUAUAGAUGCAACGGCUUGUCGGUUUUUGAGAUCGAUGGAAACGUCAACAAGAUCUACUGUCAGAAUCUCUGUCUCCUGGCGAAGCUAUUCCUCGACCACAAGACGCUUUACUACGACGUCGAACCAUUUUUAUUUUACGCGGUAACAAAAAACGACAAAUACGGCUGCCAUUUGGUCGGUUAUUUUAGCAAAGAAAAGCAUUGUCCGGCGCAGCGUUACAACGUGUCGUGUAUAAUGACUCUACCGCAAUAUCAAAGACAAGGUUUCGGUCGUUUCCUCAUUGAGUUUAGUUACCUGUUGUCAAAGGUCGAGGGUAUUCCUGGCACACCGGAAAAACCGUUGUCCGAUUUGGGCCAAGUGUCUUAUUACUCGUUUUGGAAAAGUGUUGUUCUUGAAUAUUUGGCAUCGCACCGUGACGCAAAAGAGAUUAAAUUGGGCGACGUAACUCGUGAAACCGGGGUUUCAGCUCACGACAUCGCGAGUGCCCUACAAAUGCUGGGUUUCGUGAGGACUCUCGAUUCCAACAGUAAAGAUAAUACACGCUCGCGGAUAGCCGUCGUCGUCGAUUGGGCGAAAGUUGACGCCCACAUGAUCAAAGUCGCGAAAAGUUCGCGAAUCACUCUCGAUCCGGAUUGCCUGAGGUGGAUACCGCUCUUGAAACAAAUACCGAAUCCUUAUCAGAGUCCUGAGGAGGGCGGUGAUACGAGUUCCGAAGCGUCGCCGCUCCUCGAAGCCGCCAAGCCUCCGGUUGCCGCGAUUCCCGAGAAGAUCCAAAGGGUCAAAAUAAGGAAAAAGCCACGAAGUCGUAGAAUGGGACACCGCCGUAGCUCACCCUUGAAACAAAGAAAUUCCCAAAAGUCAGCGACACCAAAAGAAAAGAAAGAAACACCGAGCACGAUUACGACACCGCCGAUGACACCGACGGUCUCGACGCCCUCGGGGACACUCUCGACAACUGUAACUCCAGCGGUGGAGACGAAAAAAAUAAGCACCGACCACGCUGAUUUCGAAAACGAGGAAAAGGAGGAAACAAAUGAGGAGCCAAGGUCGAAAGAAAAAAUAUCGCUCGUCGCGACGAGUCUGACGCCGCGAAAUUCCCGAAAUUCUUUCAAAAAUGCGAAGCAGUUGCCAAACAUCGUGACUAGUACGCCAAAGGUAACGGCGACGUUGACAAGCACGAGAAGACAGCGGAUACGAACGCCAAAAACAGCGAUGGUCGUAGACACACCGGUCACACCGACAGUGACGCCUUCCAGAAAGCGCAAACAUUCCGAAAUAUCCGAAUCUCCGAGCCGCGAGGACAAGUCCAAAUUAAUGAACGACUCGGGAAACGGGUCGAGCAAUGCGCUUCCGACGAGCGCGAGGAAAAGAACUCGGGAAUCGCUUCGGGAGAGGAUGAAAGAGAAGGAACGGGACAAAGAGCGCGAGAGCGAGAAGGAACGUGAGGCAGCAACGAAUGAGAAGGAAGCGAAGAGCGUUCCGGUCAGCGAGGAGACGGCGAAAACACCGUCAAAGGAAACCGUUAAACCUCAACACCCUCCGAAUCCCCAGAGGCCGGCAAAGAAACAGAGCAAAUUAGAUGAUAUUCUUAUGAAAGUUACGAGCAGGCAGACAAAAAAUCUUCAGGCCAAGCAAGCUCGAGAGAAGAAAGCUCAGGACGAGGCCAACGGUCGUCACUGCAACGGUAGCAAAGACGAUGAAAAAUCAACCGUCGAACCAACGCCAAUACCCGCUAAAAGUUCACCGGCUUUUUCGCGGAGAAGCAGAGUAAAAGCAGCAUUGAACGACACUUUAAAGUUGGUGGAUCCAAAGUCAGAAGCUCAGGGUGCGUCGAAAGACGGACGAACCACGAGUCCGGUUGCGAUACCUCAAUCCCUGUCCCCGUUGCCUCACGGCAGAAGCAGCAGCAAAGCCGUGAUCAGCGCUAACGUUUCCGUAUCGAGCGGGAAACAGCUAACGAUUCCAGAAAUGUUCCCGGCGCAAAAAGAAGCUGAAGCUAGCGUCGAGUCGACUGAAAAAAAGGACAACUCGGAGGAAAAUGGAAUUGUCACGGCUGCUGAGAGCGAGCCACCGACCGCGAGUCCGGGUGAAUACGAAGGCGGUGACGAAGACGAGGGCGAAGAGGACGAAGAGCUUACGCCGAGGUCGAAAACCGUCGCAUCCGCCUCUCGCUCUCAUGGCAAUAAACAUAAAGAGAAAAAGAAAUUGGCGGAUAAAAAAUCUGAGGCUGAGGAUAAAAAAGAGCAGGGAGUCGGGGAAGCAAAAGAAAAGGAAGACGAGGCGAGAGAGGAAGUGAAACAACAAGCGGUCGAAGAAGAUGCCGCAGAAAUAGAAAGAGCGACGAAAAUUGUGAAAAAGAAAAAAGAGACCGAGGACAAAGUUGCGAAGAAAAAUAAAGAAGCGGAUGAGACUGCGAAGAAGAGAAAAGAACCCGAGGAAAGAGUGGUAGAACCGAUGGAAGUAGUUGAAAACCCAAAGUCGGAGGAACCAUCGGUAGAAAUACUUGAGAAUGUAUCUCGAGAAAAGAAAAUCGUAGACACGACGGUAAAAUUGAUCACGGAGCCUCGAGAACCUACGCCGGAAUCGGACGAAAUUUCCGAGAAACCUGGAGUGGUUGAAGAAAAGAGAGACGACGAGGCCGUUGACGAGGGUGCCGAUGACAAGGAGCUCGCGGAAACCAAAACGCGCUCCCCGAGUCCGGCAUUACCUCGGAAAGAAGAAAUGCCACACAAAGUUGAAGAGAUUACCGAACCGUUCGAGUCGACCGUAGAAAAGACUCCACCUUAUUCGCCGCCUGUGAGCGACCAAGAAUCAAAUUCUACGACGAAGAAAGAAGUUAUCGGGGCAAUGAGAGAGACGGGUGCGGUCAGUAUAAUCAAGGAAUCGCCCAAGCCGUCGACUCCUCAGGGUGCAGCGAACAUCACAUCGCCGAACGAGUACAACCGUGACUCGCUUAACUCGAAUUUAGCGGUACACUCGGACGAGAAGCAAAACUCACCGGAAAGUGGGAAGACAACGCCGCACUUGGAGAAUCCCGGUUCAGUGAAGAGAACGCCACCGUCUCAACCGGAUCUUCCGUCAAUGGGUGUUUACACGCCGGACUCGACGACCAAUUCUGUGCACUCGUUGCACUACGGUCAGUGCGAUUUGGACGUGUCGCAAUUGGGUCUAGAGUCGCCUACUUCCAUAGCGAGUGAUCUCGCUUCGCAGCACAGUGUCGAGAGACCUCCGAGCGCAUUGCCCUCGAUGCCAGCGAGCGUGAGCGCUCCGAUAACGACGCCUGUUCAAAUUCAAUCGGUCCAAACCUCGGUCAGCGUAAACAUGGGUGCGCAAGUUCAGUAUUCCGAUUGCGCAAUUUCCCAACACGCGCCGAGUUCCCACGUGACGAUGCAUCCGAUGCAUGGUCCACCGCUGCAGCAGCCUCGAACGCCUCAGUCCCACGGGGCCCACUCGAUGACGACGCAGAGUCCUCAGCCCAUACAAUCGCACACUCCACAACCGAUGCCGCAGUCGCACACGCCUCAACCAAUGGGCCAGAGUCACUCCUCGCAAAAUAUGUCGGCUCAGCAAAGUCCGCAACCGAUUCCUCAGCAGUCGCACACGCCGAUACCCCAGCAGUGUCAUACGCCGAUUCCCCAAUCUCACACGCCGCAGCCGAUGCAGAGAUCGAUGGUCCAACAAGCGCAGCAGGCUCAGAGUAUUUCCCAUGCUCAGCAACAGCAGCAACAGCAGCAGCAACAGCAACAGCAACAACAACAUCAACAACAGCAGCAGCAGCAACAACAACAGCAGCAGCAACAGCAACAACAGCAGCAGCAGCAACAACAGCAACAGCAGCAAGCCGCUCAUCAACAGCAGCAAGCUGCAUCGCAACAACUCCAGAAUCAAUCUCACGGUAGCAGCAAAAGAGCCAACGGCUCUCAAACCAGUCACAGAUCUCGAUCGAACGCUCAAAGCCGUUCACAGCGUGCAACGCCACCGACGUCCCACUCGCAGAGCUCCGGCAUUCAACAUUCCGCGGCGAGUCCUCACGGGAGCUCCGGUGGUCAUUCGACGGUCGCUCACGGUGGUGGCUCCUCCUCUCAUUUGCCGCCCCAGUAUCAACAGUCCGGUUCCAUGAGCGUGCCGCCCAUGCCUCACCCCCACAGCCACACGCACGCCGCUCACUCUCACAACAUGGCGGUCAUAUCUCAAGGCAAUUACAUGGCCGUCGCUUCGCAGGCUUUCCCCUCGCAGAACACCUACGUCAUACAACACCGCGGCGCCAGAUCCGGAGCUCCCACCGUCCCGUGUACAACUGCAACGAACUUCUACAUACAAACGAGUGCAAUGCCACCGCAUUCGCACACAACGGCCCCUCCCUCUUUAACCGGAUCAGGCAAUCAUCAAACUACCAACUCGUGCAGCCUCGCCAAGUUGCAACAGCUGACGAACGGCCUCGACAUGACGCCGCCACCUUCGAUGAAUCUCACGCCACCGCCUCCGAUCACUCACACGAUGACACCGCCUCAAAAUACCCGACAACUGCCGACCCCUCCCCAGGUCCCGCUCGGCUACGCGAAAAACUAUUACAACGUCAACAGCGUUCCACCACCCGGCACACCAGGCCCUCCCAGUAGAUCCGCGUCCAGAUCUUCCGCGAACGCCAACAUGGCCUACGCCGGCGAUGGAAUUUACCGGCAAGGCCUCGACCCUGCCGGCGCUUGUCCGCAGAUGCAGAGCGCCGCUUCAAGAGUCAGCCCCAACGUGGCGCUCAACACCAACCUCAUGGCAGCUGCUCAAUACGGUUACAGGGUCGCCCAGCCAACCACCGGCUACAUGAACCAAGCCGCCCAGAUCGGUGGAUUCAUGAACCAAGCGAGUCAGUUACCCGUCGGCGUGGUCAACGUCCCCGCCCCUUAUUCUCAAGAUCCACAUCAACAGAAUCCUGCUGCUGUUUACACGACUUAUCACAGUUACAUCAAUGGCAGCUUGAUGCAACCUCUCAACGGAACGAUGAGGCCUCGUUAGCUCGUCGCCUCGUCCUACGACGUGACAAAGGGAGAAUCAGUCGAUGGGAAAAACAUUGUUAAAUAGAUUAAUUCCAAGAGAACACACGAUCAAUAUUGAUCAUCAACCGAUCUCGUGAUAACCUUUCACCCGGUAGGAGCCAUUUAAAUACCAAGGUCGUUCGAGCACUGAGAGAAAGUAACCUUCUCGUUCGUUGGGGGGGGACACUGAUGAGAUGCUUCUAGUACAAGUGAUCUGCGCAGCUUCCCUCGGGAUCUUCUAAUCCUCGAAGAUGCGUCGAUGAUGCCGCGCGUUCGCGAGAAUAACAUAAAUUUAUUGACGAUGAAAAAAACUGAACAAACGAGAGAACGGGAACGUGAUAAUAUACGAAAAUUGAGAAAGGACGUAAGACGAGAAAACGCAAAGUACAUAUUUUUACUCGGGGCUUUAACGUUUUAACAAAGCGCGCGCAAAAAUACUUUGCGGUACUAUUCUGACGACUUAUCAUCCACAAGUGUUAUGUUUUCUGUAAAAUAUUGAAAUAUAAUGCACGAGCAUUAAGCGAAUAGAUUAACGAGAUAAUAAAAGACGAGAGGAAGAUAAGCGAAAUAAAUUACGCAUUGAUGAUAAUAACGAGAAAAAUAAUAAAAGAAAAUUAAAUACGAAACGAAGUAGUGUGGCAUACUUAUGAACAUAGAAACUAUUCUGUUUGAUAUUAUUCAAUUGUUGACGAUUAUAGAAGAUGAGCGUUAAUGCUUACGUUUAUUCUCGGGGCACCCUGUACUUUACUUGUACCAUAAUAGAAUUCUACGCUAUUAUUAUUAUUAUUAUUAUUAUUAUUUUUUUUAUUAUCGUUCUUAUCACGAGCAUCAGCAUCAUCAACAUAAAUUGUCAUUAUCGCAACGACAUCCUCGGACGAUCAUCGAAACGUAUCAUUUUCAUUGUUGAAUAACGAUAACAACACUUUUAUAAAGGACACUCCGACACACCUUUUAAUCCUCUUAACACUACUACGACGCGAAAAAUGUCAUUCCUGUUGAUACCACUUGCCGAUUCUCUGGUCUGCACAUUUGACAGUUUUCUUUUUUUUUUUUUUUUUUUAUAGGCAUUACAUAUUAACUGUUGGUAUUCGCUUAUCCUGAACAUUUUACAAAAUACAUUACAAUCAAUCGUAUAUUGUGGCUAUUCUGCAAAAUGUCGCGAAUAAACAACACACACACACGAUCAACAGUGCCACGAACUCGUUGGAAUUUCUAUUAUUGUGAUUAUCAUUAAAAGUUGUCAUAAUUAUUUUAUAAAUGCGACGAAGCUUGUGAAGGUGUAUGCAAGAUUUGAGUACAUGAGUGAGAGUUGUAUAAGCUUAUUAUUAUCAUUAUUAUUAUUAUUAUUAUUAUUAUUAUUAUUAUUAUUGUCAUUAUUAUUGCUACGAUUAAUUAUUAUUACUGAUUAACGUGCGCAGCUCUUCACGCGCAAAGCAUUAAAUUAUAGUUUCUUAUUUUAUUCUCGUCUCAUAGCGAUUCAUCGCAUUUUUCAUGCCUUCCCAUCCCGAAACUGUACCUUAGCUUUGCGCCAUUACGAAACUGCGACACUUUGCAGAAUAACGCUGAAUAUAUAUAUAUAUAUAUAAAAAUAUAUUUAUGGUACACGCCGUUCGUGUUAAAUUUUUCAGACCAUUGGAGAUAAAGCUUUCGAAAGUGAUGAAAAAAAAAAAAAACAAAGAACAAACCGUUCAAGUGUUACGAGAGUAGAUGUCAGCGAGGAAUCGCAUACCGGCGACAUAAAUUUUAAACUUCUCGGCGUACACGCUAUGUGGAACGAAUUGUUUUAUUGAAUAAAAAUAAGAGACUAAGGUAGCGAGGAGUGGAUGAAACGAGAAGUACGAAAAAAUUCACGUCCGGGAUUAUAUAGUGUAAAAAUUACAUGAAUAUUUAUUGUACAUAGAUAUUAAAGAAAAAAAAGUACUACUAACAAAUAAAAAUUGAAAUCAUGAAUUAAA